AUGAACGACGAGGCGUGCGACGACGCGGGAACGUCGCUUCUGUCGCACGAGAGCGAGCCCGAGUGGGCGCAAGUGGCGGGGAUGGCGAGCGACCUCGUCGUCACCGUCGGCCAGCGCGCCUUCCACGCGCACCAGUACCCGCUGUACGCGUUAGUAGCCUUGCUUCGUUCCCACGAACACGGCAGCAGCAGUGGACGAGGGGAGGGCACCGGGCCCAUACAAGCGAAUCUCUCGUUCCUCCCUGGCGCCGCGCUCUCCUUCGUCCCCAUCGCCUGCCACGGCCGCCCCUGCCGCCUCUCGCCCCACUCCGUGCUGCUCGUGCGCUCUGCAGCCCAGCCAUGCGCUGCUGCUGCCGCAGCUAGCCUCGCAGCGCCGCCACCACUUCCUGCAGCACUGCCCGCACUUUCCGGACGUGCUCUCAUCGUAUGUCUGAAUCGCAGGGAUGAAGGGGCAGGAAGGAGAAGGGAGGGGUGGGGGUAUAACGCCCUAAUUGUUGCUCGUCUGUCCCUUGCACAUGCGUCCUCCUCAUCAUCUCCUCAUCUCCUUUCUCAUGUGGGUCAUCGACUCCCCUCCCACCGUCUCUUGCAUGCAUUCCCGCACAUCGCUUCCUCUCCUCUCUUGGCCCCACUCGCUGGCCCCCACCCACUCAAAUCUAAUCUAGUCAUCUCUUGUCCGACUCUCCCCUACUCCCCCUCUUCCUCUCUCCAUUAG